AUGGAUGUAAAUGUGGGUUUAUUUUCUUCAGAAAAUACACCUAUUUCCUUUCCCUUUCCUCCCACUCUUUUUUCUUUCCUCCCUCUCUUUAUUCCUCAUUUCCCCCUCUCUCCUAUUUGUUAUUCCUCUAUUCCCCUCCCUCCCCUUAUUCUUCGCCUUUCCCACCUUCCUUUUCUCUCUGCCUCCCUUUCUUUAUUCUUCUCUUUCUCCCCCUUCCCUUUAUUUCACUUUUUCUCCUUCCUUCCAUUAUUUAUUCCUCUCCUUUCCCCACCCUCCCAUUAUUUAUUCCUCUCCUUUCCCCACCCUCCCAUUAUUUAUUCCUCUCCUUUCCCCACCCUCCCAUUAUUUAUUCCUCUCCUUUCCCCACCCUCCCAUUAUUUAUUCCUCUCCUUUCCCCACCCUCCCAUUAUUUAUUCCUCUCCUUUCCCCACCCUCCCAUUAUUUAAUUCUCAUCUUUCCCCACCCUCACAUUCUUUAUUUCUCUUUUUCCCUCCCUCUCCUUCUUUUUUCCUCUUUUUGGUCUUUCCCUCCCUAACUUUAUUCCUCUCUUUUCAUCUCCUGCCAAUUCUUUAUUAUUCUCUUUCCCUUCUUUCUUUAUUCCAAUUUCCCUUUUUCCCUCUCCCUUAUUUUUUUAUUUCUUUUUUUCCUCCUUUUUUUAUUUUCUCUUUCCCCUCUUUUUUUUUAUUCUUUUCCCACUCCCUUUUUUAUUUCUUUUCCUCUCCCUUUUUUGUUUCUCUUUCCCUCUCCCUUUUUUAUUUCUCUUUCCCUCUCCCUUUUUUAUUUCUCUUUCCUUCUCCCUUUUUUUAUUUCUCUUCCCUCUCCUUUUUUUUUCUCUUUUCCCCCCCCUUUUUUAUUUUCUUUCCCACCCUUUUUUUUUUUCUUUCCUCUCCUUUAUUUUUUUAUUUCUCUUUUCCCACUCCCUUUUUUUAUUUCUCUUUUCCCACUCCCUUUUUUAUUUCUCUUUUCCCACUCCCUUUUUUUAUUUCUCUUUUCCCUCUCCCUUUUUUUAUUUCUCUUUUCCCACUCCCUUUUUUUAUUUCUCUUUCCCACUCCCUUUUUUUAUUUCUCUUUUCCCUCUCCCUUUUUUAUUUCUCUUUUCCCUCUCCCUUUUUUUAUUUCUCUUUCCCCUGUCUCCCCUUUCUCCCUCUUUCCCUGUCUCCCCACCUCUCUUUAUUCUUCUUACCGCCUUCUGCCCAUUCUCUAUUUCUUUUGCCCUCUCAAUUUUCUUAUUCCUCUCUUUUGUGCCUCCCUUCCUCUAUUUUCCUCCUUUUCCCUUUUAUUCUUUUCCCUUCUUUUUUGUUCAUUCCUUGUUUCCUCCUCCUUUAUCUUAUUCUUCUCUUCCCUCCCUUUUUCUUUAUUCCUGUCUUUCCCUUCCUUUUUUAUUCCUCUAUUCUCUUCCUCCUUUUCUUUAUUUGUCUAUACUCCUCCUCCCCCUUUUCUUUAUUUGUCUAUUCUCUCUUUUCUUUUCCUCUUCCUUUUCUUUUCCUCUUCCUUUUCUUUUUGUCCUCUCUAUGUCCCUCCUCUCUCUUUUCUUUAUUCCUCUUCUCCCCCACUUUCUUUAUUCCUUCUUUCUUUAUUUCUUUAUUCCUCUUUCCUCCCCCCUUUAGCUUCUAUUUUCUUAGGACUUAUUUAAGACUUAGGACUUAUAUGACUUAUUUAACUUAA